AUGUCGGUCCGCGCAUAUUUUGAACGCUAUCAACAGCUCACUGCUGUUGAACAGAAGAAAGACACUCUGAUUGAGGAACUCAUACAACGUGUGACCGAGCUCGAAGGUGCAUAUCAGCAAGAACAACUUGACCAUGACCGCGAAAAACGUUUCAAUCGUGAUAUACAGAUCCAUGAAAUGGAGUUGAUGGAGCAAAUCUCGCGGACAAAGGCUAUCAUGAACCGCGAACCCUUUAUAGUCGUACUUCUAGACGGAGACGGAAUGAUCUUCAAAGACGAGUUAUUACAGCUGGGGGAAGAAGGUGGCCGAAAAGCAGCAAAAGAGCUGUCCUUUGCAGUGGAAGAUUACGUUGCGGAUAACUUUCCAACCAUAAUCUCCCCGAAGAUCGUUACGAAAAUGUACGUCAACAUGAAAGCGCUAUGUGACGCUUGUAUUCGUGCCGGAAUAGCGACGGACCCUUCUAUACUUAGAGAAUUCGCCCGAGGCUUCAAUAGCACCUUCCCAUUGUUCGAUCUUACGGAUGUUGGCUCGGAAAAGAAUGCGGCGCACGAUAAGAUAAAAGAGACCUUCAAACUACAUCUAUACAACUGCCAUUGCCACCAGAUUUUCCUAGGCUGCUCAGAAGAAUCGCUAUAUCACCAAACUUUGGAAGAGACUCUUACAGACAUGGAGCUCUCAGGUCGGCUGUCGUUGAUCGAAGGCAUCCCAUUUGGGAAGAAUCUGGAGCCUCUUAAGUCACAUUAUAGGUUCACCAAGUUUUCCAAUAUUUUCCGAGAUUCGAAGAUAAGCAACGCUGUUUUGUCGCCUUGGAAGGCUGCGGUGACUUCCAAACCUCGCUCUCUCCUCACCCCUUCGCCGAGUCCUCAAGUAGCACCGCUUACCCGCACGCCGAGCAAUAUUACUACAGCGAGUAAUAGCGCACCCAUCUCUUCAACCCCGGUCAGCUCUCACGGCUCUGAGGAUUUCCAACUGGUGCGUUCGAAACCUGCCUCCUCCUCCCGCCCUAAGGCUGUGGAACGGAAUAAGUACGGCCAACGCGUAGACCGGCUUGACAUUGGGAGCAUCCCUAGGGAAGAGGUAAACCGAAUCAAAAAACUGAAGCUAUGCAAUUAUUACUUUCUACAAGGCGAAUGCCCGAAUGAAAACUGCCACCACGACCAUGAACGCAAACUAACCAAAGGCGAGCUCCAUACGCUGACAGCCGUGGCGCGAAUGACUCCCUGUCGAUAUGGACUUGAAUGCGAUGACGCCGAGUGUAUGUAUGGUCAUCGUUGCCCACAAAGCGAAGUCGGUAGAAAAGACUGCUACUGGGGCUCGAGUUGCCGGUUCAAUACUGCUGCCCACGGAAUUGACACCAAUGUUGUCAAAGUGACAAAAGUCUAG